AUGCAACAAGCACCCAAGCAGCCAAUGUUUAGGCACUCAAACCUGUCUGCUACAUCUACUGGUUCCGCCAAGCGUCUGUCUUCCAAUAAUCCAUUCCGGUCUGCCCUUCUUCAAGAGGAGGCCACUAUAUCAAAAGAUCCAAAAUACAAGGACUGGAUGGAUCAACGGAUAGACGAGGAAUCUGUGAGCGACAGUAAUUCAUUUAGUGAGGGCGAUGAGCUUAUUGACUUUACAUCUGAAAGAGUUCCUAAGAAGCCUUCACUUGAUUCAAGGGGUUCUGAUCCUAUGACAUUAAGAAGAAGAAGAUCGACAAAUCCAUUUUCUGACAUGUCCAGCGGUGAAAAUUCUAGAAAGGCAUCAACUAAAGGAAGUAUGAGACACAACACUCCUUCAAGAACAGAUAUGAGCUUACCAAGGAAUUAUGACCCUAAUGCAUUAAACGAUAGCAGCGACUUACCGCCAUCUUACGAAGAAGCAGUUGGGAAGAAAUAUUCCAAGGAUGAAUAUCCAACCGACGAAAAACGUCCAAUUGGAAGAGAGGAUUCCAGUAAGAGAUCUAAGAUGCCUCCUGCUGCUACAUUGCCUCGCCGUGCUAAAACAGUGAGAGUUUCUUCUAGAAGUAGGAGGAAUGCAGGACGUGAGGGAUUGCAUUCGAAUAACAGGUCACGCGAGAAUUCCAACACCCAGCCACGUAGAAAAGACAUCACAGCUACUACAGAAACGAAAAUUAUGGAAGAUGGAAGAAUCAGAUCCAGAAGUGUUGGACAAGCAUCUCUGGAUGGAAAGAGUCGCCAUGCCGUUUCUGAGAGUCCUGAACCACAUCAUCAUCAUCAUCACCAUCACCACCACCAUCACCAUCAUCCACACAAAAAAUUUGUGAUGGCCAAGCCAAAGAACUUGGAUACUAUCGACAAGUUAGAUGUGACUGGUUUUUAUGGAGGUGCUAAAUUUCAUCAUGAUGGACCAUUUGAUGCAUGCACACCACACAGGAAUAGAGAUAAGUCGAGGGCACCAGUACUGGCAUUCCCACCUGAUGGACCAAACAAUUCUAUCAAGGGUAUGGCUCCAAUGAAUUCUACCGAAAAUCAAUAUGAUCUGAUGUUUGGUGUUGGGGAUGAUGAACCAUUGUACACAACAAAGAUUUCGCAUCAGGGCUCCUCUUCCCAACAAAAUCGUUCGCGCAGUUCUGGAAACCCAGAUUACUAUACAGGCAAAACACCAUAUGGAAAUGGUCUCAUCGUCAAAAAGGCAACGCAGUCAACUAUCCGUCUGAAUGAAUUGAAUAAUAAUCCUACAACAACUAGAUUUGAUGUUAACACAAAGUCUACACCAGUGCAUGGUGAUACAACACUUGGACUAGGAUCUAGUACGUUUCUGGAUGGUGCUCCUGCUUCAACGGCAGCCCAAAAGAAAGCAUUCGCCAAGGAAAAAGAGAAGACUCAGUUGGGAAGGAAGAAGAGUAUACUAGAGUCAAGUGGCUUCUUGAGAAGGGUGAAGACACUAAAGGGGAGAAAGAGUUCUAGGCAUUAG